UGUAUAAAGUUAUUAUAAACAGGAAUGUGUGAGGUGGGUGACAUGGAGGAGACCACCUGUGUGAGGAGUGUGGGGGUGUGUUUGUAGGGUGGGGGAGUUACCUCCUCAUUCACGCCUUUUUUUUGGAUGUUAUGAAAAGCCUGGCUAUGCAGCAGCUUUCUGGUGAGAAAAUGGAGAUCAGCAUGUUUUUCCUGCUGUUGCUUCUGGUCUGCUCUGUCUCAGCAGAUCAGACAGAGGCAGAAAAGGAACUCUUUGGUCAGCAGAUUGCAGCACAGCAGCCCUGUUUACAGGACAUCCAUGCUGUGCUGAGACAGCUGACCGCCUCAUUGGCUGAACAGAAGGUGGAGAUCAGGAUCUUAAAGCAGGAGAAUCAAGCAAAGCUGAAAGAACUGGAGAGCCAGAAGACUGAGAACGACAAACUGAAGCAGCAACUGAAAGAACAUGAAUCAAAGCUGGAAGAACUGGAGAGACACAAGUCUGAGGUUUACAAGUUAAAGCAGCAGCUACAGGUCAAACAGGUGGUGUUCUCAGCCGCUCUGCUGACUGAGGGGGAACAAACUAACGGACCCUUUAGCACAGAGACUCUGCUGGUCUUCAAACAUGUAGUCACAAACAUUGGAAACGCCUACAGCCCACACACAGGUAUUUUCACUGCCCCAGUGAGGGGAGCCUACCACUUUGAGUGGUAUGUUGGUGCAGUUGGAGAUGCUUCACAUGCUACAUGUGCUGUGCUGUUUAAGAACGGAGAGCAAAUAUUUGCAGCGUAUGAACUUCAGCCGUCCCAUUAUGGAACUUCUUCUAAUGGAGCUUCUCUGGUUCUGGAGGCUGGAGAUCAGGUGUUUUUGCAUCUCUGUGCUAAUGCCAAAAUCUACGACAAUCAAAAUCAUCAUAACACCUUCAGUGGGCACCUACUUUUCACCAUGUGAGAGGAAAACUUCAACCAGUCUGAGAAUGAUGUCAGACUUUAUUGGUUUAAAAUGUUCAUUAACUUCAGUUUACACUUAGAAAAAAAGGUGAUGAUACAGUGAAAAAAUUCAACAAUUCACAGUCAAAUCUGUUACAGAAUACUCACAAUGACUCACAACUUUUCAAGAUAUUUUUGUUCUGAUUGAAGAAUAAUGGGGAAAAACAUGUUUAUUUCAUUUAUUGCAUUUUGUUCAAAUUUAGAAAUCAACAUAUUAGAAAACGUGAUGUAAAAUAGUUACAUAAUAAAGUGCAUGAAAGUAAUGUAACCUAUUACAUCUGAUUUCUAAAUUCUUUUUAAGCUCAGCAGGAAAGCAGCAGCAUACUUCACAGGCUGCAGAUGGACAUGUUGAUGUUUUUCACACUGCUGUUAAAAAAAAGCUUUGUGCAGUAAAGUUUGAGCUCUUUACUGAUUCUAAAAGAAUGUAUUUAUGGCUUUUCAAACACUAACAGUUAUUCUGUUCUGGUUGCAUUCUGACCCACGUGGGCUUAGUCAGCUUCUCACAAGUGUUUUAUUCU